UUGUUGUGAAUUCAAUAUGGCGAUAUUUGAUGUUGUACUAUUUUGAAGGUACGUCAAUUUGACGAAUUUGUAAUGAUAUUUUCGGUAAAUAUUGUGUUGUUUCCGAGUCGUAAAUGUUCACAGACGGUUUUUGCAAUUGGAAGUAUGUUUAAAUGAAUAAAGUGCAAUAUUGAAACGUUUACAUUAUGUAUUGUUUUGUUUGUGAUUUCCGACAAUUUUAAUUAUUUAACCAUUGUUUUAAGUAAGAAAUUUGAAAAAACUUCAUGUGCUUAAGUUGAAAAGCUUCGUUAGUGCUGCUAUUUUUGGAGAUACGUUGUGCCGGUGGUUCACGGUUAGAAGUUCAUAUGUUUUACUUACAAAUGGGAGGUAAAUAAGUUUAGUAUAAGGUGCAAAACAUAAGCGCCACAAUAAUUGAAUCACUACUUGAGUACAUAGUGUUUAGAGCAGUGACUAUCAUGACAGACACAAGACGAAGAGUGAAAUUAUACGCUCUGAACGCUGACAGACAGUGGGAUGAUCGAGGAACCGGGCAUGUUUCUUCUUGUUAUGUUGAAAGGUUGAAAGGAACCUCACUCAUGGUUAGAGCCGAAUCUGACGGCUCCCUGUUAUUAGAAAGUAAGAUACAACCUGAUACAGCCUAUCAAAAGCAACAGGACACAUUAAUAGUGUGGUCAGAAGGUGACAAUUUUGAUUUAGCAUUAAGUUUUCAAGAAAAAGCUGGCUGCGAUGAAAUAUGGGAAAAGAUUUGUCAGGUACAAGGAAAAGACCCAUCAGUUGAAAUCACUCAAGAUAUUGUGGAAGAAUCAGAAGAUGAACGUUUUGAUGAUAUAUCAGAUAGUGUGCAGCCUGUGGAACUGCCUGCAUGUGAAAUGGGACGCUUGGAGGAUAUUAGUGAACUUGUAAACAGUUGUUUGGUCUCACCAGUACGUAAAGAUAAGUUAACAGCUGCACUAGAGAGCCAACACUAUAUAAAGAAAUUGUUGAAUCUCUUCCAUAUGUGUGAGGAUAUUGAAAAUAUUGAAGGGCUGCACCAUCUAUAUGAAAUCUUUAAAAGUAUAUUUCUUCUUAAUAAAAACACACUUUUUGAAACUAUGUUUGCUGAUGACACAAUAUUUGAUGUUGUCGGCUGCUUAGAAUAUGAUCCCAGUUUGCCUCAGCCCAAAAAACACCGAGAGUAUCUUAGAGAAUUAGCAAAAUUUCGAGAGGCAAUUCCUAUAAAGAAUAAGGAUUUAUUAGCUAAAAUACAUCAAACAUACAGAGUUCAAUACAUACAAGAUAUAGUCUUACCUACACCUACAGUUUUUGAGGAUAAUCUUUUAAGUACAUUGUCAAGUUUUAUAUUUUUCAAUAAAGUAGAGAUAGUGAAACUCAUAGAAGAUGAUGAAAAAUUUUUGACUGAUUUAUUCAAGUUAUUGAUGGAUGACAAAACACCUGAUAUCAAAAGAAGGGAUUCUGUUUUAUUUCUGAAAGAGUUCUGUAAUUUUUCCCAAAAUUUACAACCUCAAGAUAAAGAUGCCUUUUAUAAAACUUUAGUCACUUUGGGUAUCCUGCCAGCAUUAGAAAUCACACUAAGUAUAGAUGAUCAGAAGACAAAGACUGCUUCAAUAGACAUAUUAACAUAUAUUGUGGAAUUCUCACCUUCAGUUGUAAGAGAUUAUACAUUACAACAUGCUAAUAAUACUGAAGAGGAGCAUAUGCUGUUAAACAUAGUUAUAGAACAGAUGUUACAAGAUCGUGAUCCAGAGCUGGGUGGAGCUGUUCAAUUGAUGGGUGUUUUGCGUAUUUUGCUUGAUCCAGAAAGUAUGCUUGCAUCAGUUAACAAAAGUGAAAAAGCAGACUUCCUAAAUUUCUUUUAUAAACACAGUAUACAAACCUUGAUUGCUCCUUUACUAGAUAAUACUACUGGUGAGAAGCCUCUAAAAGAAGAUUAUCACACAGUGCAGCUUUUAGGACUUGUACUAGAAUUACUUUCGUUCUGCGUAGAACAUCACACAUACCAUAUCAAAACCUGCAUAUUAAAUAAGGACCUUCUCCGACGCAUCUUAGUGCUGAUGAGGUCGACACACACAUUUUUGGUGCUUGGUGCCUUGAGAUUUAUGAGAAAAAUAAUUGCAUUGAAAGAUGAAUAUUAUAACAGAUACAUAAUAAAGGGAAACCUCUUUGCACCAGUUAUAGAUGCUUUCCUCAGGAAUAACGGCAGGUACAACUUGCUUGAUUCCGCAAUAUUAGAAUUAUUUGAAUUUAUAAAACUGGAGGAUAUCAAAUCAUUAUGUUCGCAUGUUGUGGAGAACUAUGGAAAAAUAUUAGAAGAUAUUGAAUAUGUGCAGACUUUCAAAGCUUUAAAAACACGAUAUGAUCAACAUCAAGACAAAUUAAAAGAAAGAGAAAGAGUGAGCGGUAGUGUGGGCGUGACGGAAGCGGUUGUCCCAUCGCUACUGCGCACGCGGUAUCGCCGAGAAGCACGGGCGCCGGACGAAGAAGAAGAGAUGUGGUUCAACGAUGAUGAUGAACUAGAAGACGAAGCGCCGCUAGAGUCGGCACAACCGCACGCCCAUCCACAUGCGCACACGCACCACGGACUAGAUGCGAUCGGAAAAAUAGUUGAGAAGAAAGUUUGUUCUAAUGCAGAGACCGUUAAUGGACCGACUAGAGUUCUUCUAAGUACAGCGACGUCACCCAAACCGACGCAUGCUGAUGUUCAGGUAUCCACGCCCAGAUUACUCAAUAAGGGCCUUGUUGACUACGACGGCGAUUCGGACGAGGAAGAGGACGGCGGCGGGGGCGGGGGCGGAGGCGGGGGUGGCGAGGAGCGUGACGCGAAACGACCGCGGCUCUCGUAGUCUCGCUCUCGCAGCACCACUGUUUCAAGGAAUAUAACAUACGGACAUACGUCUCGCGACGCUGUGCAACCACCAUCCCAGUUUAAAUUAAUGACGUAAGCAAUUUACGAAUAUAAUAAUGAUAUGGUUGUUUUGACUGUACGAGUUUAUAGAUGAUAAUGUCAUUUCGACUGAUGCUUGAUUUGUUUGAGGGCUACGAAAAAAAAGGCACGGUUUUGUAUACUGUUAUGUGAGUUAUUAAACUUGAAUGUUGACCAAAAAAAUAAUUAGCUGAUUCACCGACGUAACGCUUUUUUUUUAUCGUUUCAUUUUAAGGCCGUUUAUCUGGCCAGCCAGUCAUCUGCAGUCAAACCAACUAAAAAAAGGAGUUGAUCCAAUUGGAUAUCUAUAUUUUGUAAAUACGAAUCACAUACUGAAGUGGUCGACUUAGUGUAUGCCCUUUAUGCCCCUGUAGAGUUAAUUCUAAUGACAUCAGAACAUAGAACAAAUGUAAUGAGAUGUAUUUAAUAUGAAGUAAUGUUAAUGGUUAGAUUACUUUCGUGGGCGUUAAUCACAAAAAGUACAAAGAGUAUAAGAAUGGGGUUUUCUAAUUAAAAAAAUAGAUUGAUUUAGAAAAAAUAAAUAUUGUCAAAAAUGACUUGAAAUUGUAAAAAUGUAUUUAUAAAAAUCAUUUAGUUUAUGAACGAUCACAAGACCAAUUUCUAGAAAGAAAAUAACAUGUGCUGUGGAAUUGCUAUUCAUUCACUAGUGUGUUAUUGUGUUAUAAAAAUACACACAAUUGCUGCCUUAUUUCCUUAUGUAUUUUAAAUAUACUUUAUGGACGAAUUUUUCAACUUGUAGAACGAGUUAAAUGGAAAACAAAACAUUAUCAUUUUUAUAGUUUGUGUGAGGAGGAAGGUAGCAUAAUAUUUUAUUUGUAUACUUUUAUCUGCAAGUGGGGAAACAAUAUAUGCCUCUUUUCGACGGCAUGCUUAUUAUUUAUUUAUUUAUUCACACAGUACUUUGCAUUCCUUGACUCUGAGCUUUUGUGAAACGAUUUUAUAUGCAUUCUAAUUCUUCUGACAUUUUCUUUGUAGUUUAUGUAAUAUAGUAUUUUGUUGCGAGUAAAAAAUUUUGAUUGAAUUUGGUGUUUUGCUAAAUUGAAUGGAGUAUUAAGCAACCUAAAUUUGCUUGGCAGCUCAAGAAAGAACUGUACUAAUAUAGUAUAAGUACGUUUCGUCAAAUUAAUAUUACUUAAUAUUUUACGCAAUAUGCUGCUUAUGCAUGACAUUCUUAACAUUACCUAUUAUAUGUAGUUUAUAUAACAAAAAUGUCUAAAAUAUAUAGAUACCGUGACUGGAAAUAAGACCGCUUAUGGAACUUUAAACUGACCUAUUUUUCAAUUAAGCCAACAUGUUUACUAUUUUAUUAAACUUUGUCCAUGUAUGUGUAAUAUUAGUGAAAGUCUAUUGGUUGGAAUUUUAUUUCAAGGUGAACCCUGCCCAAAAGCUGGUUGUUGUUUGAGUGCUUAUUGAUUAUUGAUACCCUGAAUAAACCCGUUUCCGUCCUAAUGCUGUAAUUUAAAAGCAAUUUUUUUGUUUUCAAAGAAACAAUAUAAUAAUAUUAUUAUGUAGAGAGAAACUUAUGAAGAACUUGAAACUGAACUGCAUAUUGAUAACAAAACUGAAAACUAACUUGAAAACUAAUUUCUCCUUUUCUGAAACUCUAGCUACUUCAAUAUGACUAUAGCUACUUCAAUAUGACUAACAUAAAAAUGGAAAGAAAUUUUAAAAUAUUUGAAAUGUACUUAAAUUUGACUACAAAAUACGGGUCUUGCUAAAUUAAAAUAUAAUAAAUAUACAGACAGUAAUAUCAGCAUUUCGAAAAAAAAUAUGUCAAUUUGAAAAUAAAUAUUAGAUUUAUUAAUAUGUUCAGUUAUAUAUUACUAUUUAAGUUUUCUCAAAACAAUUGUUUUGUUUGUGCCAAUAUUAUAAAGUAUCACCAAAUUCAAAAUUCAAUUAUUUACUCACAACAAAUUUUCAUCGCUUAUUUAUAUUAAAGAUAUUAUUAUAUAUAUAAACAUAUUUAGUUUGCAGAAGUAAUGUGUAUGUGAUAAAAAUAUCUGACUAAGAUUCAUUUUUAUUUUAUUACUGUGUAAACGUGUAGAUUUAUCAUUUUAUAUUUUGUAAAUAAUGUUAGUUUUGUAUAAAUAAAAUGGUUGACUCGGUAAGAACAAGAAUGUUUUAGCUGUCUCUUAGAUUUCGAUUUCUGUUUGUAUGUUAAAAAACACAAAGACUUGACUGGAUGGGAAUGAUUUCGUAUUGGUGGAUAUAUUAUGUGUUUUAAUUAUUAAAUUGUUUCCAAUAUACUCAAUAUUACGAAACAGUAAAGGCCCUUAAAUCGUUUUUAUUCACUCAAGUCUUUAUCUUUUAUGGUUCUACAGAGGAAUGACUGCAACAACUGUGUAUGAAAUUGUAGGUUUUAUCAUAGGUUUUCUCUCGCACAUCACAGACUCUUGUUGUCUUAGAAAUUGUAAGUAUUAGGGGUCACGAAAUAAAACCUAAUGAUUCUUCCUGAACGAACAAUGCACGUGAGUGAUUUAUUUAUUUAUAUUUAAUUCAAUUAGUUCAUUCUUAUAAGCUGUUCAAGACAGGUCUAGUUUUUUUUUCAUUAAUACCUAUUAUGUGGUUAUGACAGGAUUAAAUGAAAUUGACAGUAAAUAAAAUGGAAGUGAAGAUUAACAGUGAAAAUGAUAAAAAAUUUUAAAAGUGAUAGAUGUCUUAUUUAACCAUUGACUUCGUUCUCGUAGCUAUUUUCGUUGUUAUAUUGUGUAAUUUGGACUUGGUAAACUCACGUUUUCUUAACUCAUAGAAAUACGCAAUGUACUGAUACUGUAACUUGAACUCAUUUUGUUGGUGGUAGGGCGUAUUUGAGGGUGGGUAGAUAAUUCCGCGCUGGCUAUUGCCUAUAGGGCAAUGGCCGUGGCCAACCCGAUUUGUCUUAUCAGCUGUCGACCUGAGAUCUCGAAGCGGGCGAUGCCUUUCGCGUUGCGAUAUCUAUGCGCUUAGUACCAGGCGACCCGUGAGCUCGUAGGUCCAAUUCUCAAUUUAAAAAAUGCUUCUUAUGAGACUCAAUCAAAUUCUUAAUGUUGAGUUGUACGUAGUAAAAUACCUGAUUGCAUUACUGCCCAGUGACAGAAAUAGGACACUGGAGCCUGCCUGUUCUCAAUAUGCCCUGUAGCGUAAGAGAUUGAUGUUGAUGCAGCUGAUAUUCGGUAACUGAACUUGGACGGUUUCCAACAAAAAUUCACAUAGCAGGUUAUUGUUUGUUAAAGCAUCCAUAAGGGAGUUUAAUAUUUCUCGCCACAUACAUUUCAACAUAAAUCAUAAUGAAAUUAAAAUGGAUUUAAUACAGUGCACAAGAAAUUCAUGAGUCAUUGACUAGAAUAUGAAUGUAAAACUGUAGAUCAACUUACUUUUUUUUCUCCUGCCUAUUUGCUGGUAGCCUAAGGGGCUAUUUCAGCUACGCCCAGACGGGUAGGUGAGCUCACGGGCUCAACCUGAGAGAAUUUGCUAACACUAGCCCUACCAAGAGCAGUGCUUCACAGAAUCUACCACUUAAAUUUAUCAUUCAAUGCCAUUAGACGGUGGUAGGGAACAAUGUAAGCCCGCAUAGGCCCCACCGUCUUGCCUCUUUCUGCAGUGAAGCAGUCCCGCGUUCAGAUUUGAUCAGCCGUUAUACAAUACAAUUGAGAUAUCAUUCUUAUGCUCGAGGUGGCUGGCGGUAAUCGCAUUUAUUUUUCGCGAAAGUAUGGCAGUCCUAAUAAAUGUUCGUAUAUCCCACUUUGAGAUACUUGUGAAAAGAUUUUUCAUUGUUUAAAUGGGUAAAGGCGCUCAGUCCUAUAUGUUGUGAAGUGGUUACUGGAGCCUCUAGGACCUGUAUGCUUAGUGCGAGUUUCUUAACGUUCUCGAUAGCGUAAAAGUUAAGCCAAUUUUGUAUGCAGUUGGAACAGCGCCCCUAGCGGCAAACGUACGCAAACAAUGCCAUUCCAUACAAAUAUGAGCUAACUUUUACGCUGUCGAGAACGUUAAAAAAGCUCGCACUAAGCACACUGAUUACAUGAACCCCACCACCCACCUCAAAACGCAUUAUUUGUGUUGAAUAAUGGCCUUUGAUCGCUGGAUUGUUUCGCCGCAGUGAUAAGCAAGAUAGUAUGCGAUAUACGACAUAACAUAUGAAAAUUUAUCAAAAUCUAUCCUGAAUGUUUUAAUGCGAUGCACGUUUCAUAGGAAACAACGGUUCGACAUUCAUUUGCCUGGGCCUCGUUUUUUUUGUUGGUCUUAUGCUAGUCAGCCGAUUAAAGAAGAGUAUUUAUUUUCGUUUUUUCCGACGACAAAAAAAUUGCACCCGACCCUUCUUAUGUAGCUUUGGAAAUACAUAUCAAUUCUUUUUAACAAUAUGUGUGUCUGAUAUCGUAAGCGUUCGAUCGUUUGUAACGUGAAAAUAUUAAUAUGAAAUUUAGAAACGCUGUUCCCCGUAUGAUGGUCUCACUUUGUAAAUCUCAACGCGCAUCUCUUAACCAAUAGGCACAGUAAACGCGAGUCUUUAAAUCGAAUUAUUAAAUGCGUGGAAUUAAUUUGUCAGAGUAUAUUGUAAAUAUGACGUUUUAUGUAAUAAUUUUAUUUGAAAUUCUGCCAAAAAAAACCACGUGUCUAAUAUAAAAAGUAGCGCAAGCUGUCAAUUAGAUUAAUAUACGAUACUUAUAUUCCUUGAAAUAGUUUAUCGUUAAAAGAAAAUACGAAGUUCUAGGUAAAUGUAGACUAAUGAUGACUAUUUUUUAUCUGUCUAGGUGGACGACCAUCAUAAAACUAAUUUAUACACAGAUUAAAAUUGAAUAGAUUUACCUAUUGGCAAGUUGUGUAAAAUAAAUAAGCUUACUAUAAUGCUAUUAUUAUGAUGUCACUAGUUAAGUAAGCAAUAUAAAUAUAAGAUAAUACGAAA